AUGGAUACAAAUGAAACCCUUCUAUUAAAUAUUAGCUCACUUGUGAUGCGAGAGACUUUGUCGAGUACUAUCAGCACAGUGUCUAUGAACAAAACCGUGUCGAAUGCCUAUGAAUGGCGUUUUGUGUUGCCACCCUAUUUCCUCAUUUUCCUCUUGUCGAUAUCCGGUAACUGUCUCGUGAUAGCAACACUGGCUAGUAAUAGGAGAAUGAGGACUGUCACUAACGUAUACCUAUUAAACCUGGCCAUAUCAGAUUUCUUACUGGGAGUAUUCUGUCUACCUUUUACUCUGGUUGGGCAAAUUUACAGAAGAUUUUUAUUUGGAGCUACACUAUGCAAAUUAAUACCAUUUUUGCAAGCUGUCUCGGUAUCAGUUGACGUGUGGACUCUUGUGGCCAUAUCUCUUGAGAGAUAUUUCGCCAUCUGCAGACCGCUGAAAUCCCGGAAGUGGCAGACCCAGUGCCAUGCGUACAAAAUGAUCGCAACUGUGUGGAUAUUGUCUCUUGCAUUAAACUCACCGAUACUGAUAGUAUCCACGCUGCAACCAAUGAAAGGAAAUGCCUACAAAUGUCGUGAAGUCUGGGCAAGUUUGGAACUAGAGAGAGCAUUCAACCUGGGGUUGGAUGGGGCACUGCUUCUCAUCCCAUUCUUCGUAAUGUCAGUUGCCUACUCCCUCAUCGUAACCAAGUUAUGGCGAGGACUACAGCACGAGAUACAGCAUAACUACAAUUGGCAAAAAUAUUUGCAUAGAGACGAUCACCUACCAUCAUCGACGCCAAUUUUGAACGGCAAUGCAACAACACUGUGUUGCAAAAAUGGCUGUAACGUCAAAAAAAUUAAGGAGAAUGAAGAACGUCUUGAUGUUGAGAAAAAAGCAGUGUGUUGUCUGCAAACUGACCUUGAGUUUAGACACGUCGUGCGAUCGACACAUAUAGACAAGAGUAUAGAGGCAAAACGUAAGGUUAUACGAAUGCUGUUUGUAAUAAUCCUUGAGUUUUUUGUCUGUUGGACGCCACUCCACGUCAUAAAUACCAUUUACCUCUUCUAUCCUGAAGAAUUGUAUCAAUAUAUUGGGUCGAAAGGCAUCGUUAGUCUGCAACUGCUGGCCUACUGCUCAUCUUUCUGCAAUCCCAUUACUUACUGCUUUAUGAAUCGAAAGUUCAGGCAGGCUUUCAUCAGUCUUUUUAGGACUUGUAAGAUAUUCAGGUGGUGCUUUCCUGACAAAACGACGGAGAAACAAGCGACUCCUCCACCUUCAAGCCAAGACGUUACUGCUUGUGUUAUAAGAGGCAGUCACACGGGUCGCACAGGUUAUAGAAACCGGAACAGAGGAGAGUCAAUUCCUUUAUCGGAUAACCUGGCCAAGAACAGGGUUGAAGACAAGUCGUGUGUAUCUUCCACUGUCACAUUAACACCAGAAAAUAAAGAAGAUAAUGUUUACAAUCCCUUCAAGCAUAGAAAUGUUGCCCACCCCACAUCAACCAGCGGGUCAUUCUUCCACCUACUAAAGUCAUCCUUGGGAUCUGGACUCCUGGCGAUGCCAGCAGCAUUUAAGAACACUGGAAUCAUACCUGGUUGCUUUGGUACCGUGCUUGUAGGGAUAAUUGCCACCCACUGUGUUCACAUACUGGUGCAAACAUCUCGGGAGGUUUGCCAAGAAUGCAGGCUCGGUUCACUAAGUUACACAGACACGUGUGCCAAAGCCUUCGAGCGUGGUCCAAGGAAAUUGAGGCGUUAUUCCGUAGCGGUCCGGCAUUUCGCUGACUGUUCGAUGGCCGGAGUCUGUCUCGGAGGAACCAGCGUGUAUGUGAUCUUCAUUGCCUCUUCUUUGAAAGAUAUGCUGGAUCAUCUAACAACCCUACAGUACUCAGUCGAAAGUUACUGCGCAAUGUUGUUACUUCCCCUAGUAUUGCUUACUCAAGUGCGGCAUCUAAAGUUCUUGGUUCCGUUUUCCCUCCUAGCCAACAUCUGUCUGUUAAUAACGUUUGCUAUUACGUGCUAUUACACGUUUGGAGAUUUACCGGAUAUAAGCAAAGUGAAAUUAGUAGCUGGUAUGGAAGGAUGGCCUUUAUUUAUAAGUACAGCAAUAUUUGCGAUGGAGGGCAUUAACGUUGUAAUGCCAGUGGAAAACGAAAUGAAGAAGCCCCAGGACUUUCUUGGGUGUCCAGGUGUUUUAAAUAUGACUAUGGUACUUGUAGCCAUACUUUAUGGUGUCAUGGGCAUAUUUGGCUACUUGAAGUAUGGAGAGGAAGUGCUUGGCAGCAUAACAUUGAAUUUGCCUCAAGAUGAAAAGUAUGUAUUUUAUCUUAAUACAAUUGAGAGGAAUUUUGAUCUAGAACUGAAUUUAUAG